AUGUUUGCUCGUGUCAACCAGCUGGCAAGGCAUCUCUCUCGUCCGCGACCCAAUUACGGGCAUAUUCGCGCUGUCACGGCUGCCCGUUCGCUUUGGAUCCCGCUACACAUGACAUCAUAUACCGAGACGGCGCUGGCGAACAGCAAGAAAACGAUACAUACAGCAGCAUGUUUGAUUAUUGGCGAUGAAGUCUUGGGCGGCAAGACCGUUGACACCAAUUCGGCCUUUUUCUCAAAAUUCUGCUUCUCGAUCGGCGUUUCAUUAAAGCGUGUAGAAGUGAUUGCGGACGAUGAGAGCGAGAUUAUCGAAGCUGUAAGACGUAUGAGUGAACGGUACGACUUCGUCGUAACGAGUGGAGGAAUUGGCCCAACCCACGAUGACAUCACCUACCAAUCAAUAGCACGAGCGUUUGGCCUAAAACUGAAACUUCAUGAAGAGGCCCUGGCGCGGAUGCGCAGCCUGUCAAAGCCGCAACAGGCGCAACGGGACUUCGACUGGGACACCCCUUCACCGGCACUCACAGCGCGCCUACGCAUGGUCCAAAUACCUGUAGAUGAUGCCAUCCCGCUGAAAGACCAGGCGGUAUUCCUCGCGGAUGACCUCUGGCUGCCUGUCUCCGUUGUGAAUGGGAACGUGUAUAUCCUUCCCGGAGUCCCGACGUUGUUCGAGCGCCUGUGCAAUGCGCUUAAGCCGCUGCUGAAACCCCGCCUAGCUGAUCCGAUGGGGGAAGGCAUUCAUCGUCUCUUAUUUGCAACGCCAUUGUAUGAGAGUACGAUUGCGCCGUAUCUGACAGAACUAGCGGCUAGGGUAGGGCCGCAAGGUGUCAAAGUCGGGAGCUAUCCGCGGUGGGGCAAGAAACGGAAUACGGUGACGCUAGUUGGAAAGGAUUUGAAGUUUAUGGAGAGCCUUGUUGCUGAGGUGGAGAAGAAUGUGGAAGGACGGAGAGUGACGAGGGAAGAUGAGGAUGACCCUCCCGAAGCAGACGUUGAGGGUCAGUCCUCUAAGUAA